GUAGUCCUAGUGGCCAUUGCCUAUCCCUCAUUACGGUUGCUAUACUUAAUAGAUGAGGUUGAAGGGCCUAGUGUAACUCUUAAUGUAUUAGGGCAUCAGUGGUAUUGGGAGUACUCGUUGGCUAAUAUUGAGGGUUGGAGUAGGGGUUGUUAUUCUAAUCCUCCUCGUAGGUGUUUAAUUCAGAAAAGGUAUGGUAGUAGAGAUCUUAGUGAACGUCAAGGGUUUCACGACUAUGUUUUUGGCAAUCAUAAGAUUAAUUUUAAUCAGCCUGAUGGAUUUGGUCAUCUUGAAAGUGAGGGUCAGGAGUUUUACGGAUUUGACAGGGUUAGAAGUGUGAUGGACGGAGUAGUCCUAGUGGCCAUUGCCUAUCCCUCAUUACGGUUGCUAUACUUAAUAGAUGAGGUUGAAGGGCCUAGUGUAACUCUUAAUGUAUUAGGGCAUCAGUGGUAUUGGGAGUACUCGUUGGCUAAUAUUGAGGAUGAGGUUGAAGGGCCUAGUGUAACUCUUAAUGUAUUAGGGCAUCAGUGGUAUUGGGAGUACUCGUUGGCGAAUAUUGAG